AUGUGUACAAAACAGCUCUACAAGUCGCGGUGCUCAGCGGAGAACGGACGUGCCGGUCCAGUCUGCCGUGCUCAGCGGAGAACGAAGGGGCCGGUCCAGUCUGCCGUGCUCAGCGGAGAACGAAGGGGCCGGUCCAGUCUGCCGUGGCUGCACUCCACUCUAGCCUUUUCGGUAGAAAUGGGCUUCCAAUCUCCUUGGUCCCCGACCUUUACUAAACUAAUCACAAGCUUCAGUCUGCUGUGGUUCACAGCGCGGUUGCAGGAAAAUUAUGGAUCUCCUGUGCUUGACUUAGGCAGGAGCUCACCAGGACUGAGUACCGGCACCUCAAAUGUUCUACUGCUUGAGUUCCUUUUAUAGAAUAUUAGCUCAAAAAAAUGCGUGGAGUUCCUGCACCUAAAUAUAAACAGUAUCGGGACCCAAAAUGAGUACCGGCACCUAUUUCAGUCUAAGUCAAGCACUGUGAAUCUCCCCGGUGAAGCUGUUACAAUGCUUGUGAUGUAGAAUUGCAAGCGCAUCAGGGUUUCCGUUAGGAAAAUGUGUUUCCAGACAUUUGACCGGCAACAUUUUAAUUUACCGGACAUUCGAGAAAUGUACCGGACCAAUAUGCAUUGGGUGCGUGACCUGAUUAGGGUGUCCACCCACGGUGCUCAGAAGGACAGCAAUCACAUUUUAGAUUAUGGUAAUUCAUAUUAACAGAACAUGCAAGUCGAGGAUAUAACGAUGUGCGGUCAUUCUUACAGAAUUCUGAUGCGCACUUUGAACAUGUUAGAAUAACAGUCCCCAUUUACUUUCCCUCCUCCAACAAGACGAGUAACGAACAGCUAAAUCACCAGCCUAUUGUCAAUCUACUAUAGUAGAAACGUUUAGACCACCUAUUCUAUUGGUCAGCUUGUCAAGAAAGAAAUGGCCUAUUCCAAACCGGCUCUGGGACAGUUGUGGGACGAUAGAUCCCUAAUUCAUACAACCAGUAGGCCUCGGCUACGUAAUAAAAAAAUAAAAUAAAAACGUUAAAAAGCAACGAGUCUGAAUCGACAGAUCAGAACGUUUAGCGUAAAAUGUUGAUGAACUAUUAUUUCUUCGCAUUAUAAGCGCAGCAAUGCGCACAAGCAGUAGACUACACGUGAAUGUUCGUCCCAUAAUGCAGUUAGCGGGAAAACACUUGUCAAAAGGCCGCUGCACAUGCCAGCAGUUUCAUGUGACAAAUAUCCGUUAGAAAUGUUGAGAGGAGAUCUAAUAGGCUACUUUGAAGCAAGGGUAAGACAUGCCUCAUAAUAUGAAGGAAAACGUUCAGGUUUGAAACAUGUUAAGUAUGUUUUCAAAAUGCAUACUGCCUCCAGCUCGUUGCAAAGUGGUGUGUGACGUGCUGAUGAAGCCUGCCUUCCGUUGCCGUUUGAUGCCAGAUUUAAAACACCUGGGAACUCGGAAAAUCUCCGACAUCCGACAUCAGUGCGUUCAAGACAUCCUGGAAACGGGGGGAAAAAAAUAGCUCAGACUGGGGAAAAAAAAUAUUUUGAACGUUCAUCCAACUCGGAAUUCCAACUCGGGAACUCUGGUCUCUUUCUAGAGCUCCGACCUGAAGAUCCGUGACGUCGUGAUUUGACCUGGUAUUUUUCAGAGUUCCCAGUUGUCUUUGAAAGCGCCACAAGAUGAAUGAUGCAGCAGAUCUCCUGCUGUCUGACAGGUUUUCCACUCCAAGGCUCUGUAUCUGUAUGCUUUAAUGUAUGUGAUAAAUAAGAGACGAAGUGAAUAUACUGGACAAGCUUUAAUUCCACUACAUUAUGCAAAUGAACCUAUACAUACUUACAGUUAAUGAAUACAUUUUUUUUUGUUGAUACUGGCCCCCCGUGGGAAUCAAACCCACAACCCUGGCGUUGCAAACGCCAUGCUCUAUCAACUGAGCUACAUCCCUGCCGGCCAUUCCCUCCCCUACCCUGGACGACGCUGGGCCAAUUGUGCGCCGCCCAUGAGUCUCCCGGUCGCGGCCGGCUGCGACAGAGCCUGGAUUCGAACCAGGAUCUCUAGUGGCACAGUUAGCACUGCGAUGCAGUGCCUUAGACCACUGCGCCACUCAGGAGGCUCUAUAGACCGAUAAGCAUGAUCAGUCAAAUGUAUUUCUAUCGGCUGGUAUUUCCAUCAGUCAAGAGGCAAUAAGGUAUUAUUUCACAAUGGGAUUUUCUCUUCUCCCAGAUAAUUGGCCUGCGGCAAUUUUAUUUAUCGGCUUUUCUGUUUUUUUAAUAAUUUUUUUUAUCUGACAAAAGCCGGCUAUUACCAGCUAACGGCCAAAGAGCUGUAUUUUCAUGUCAUCCAACAAGUCUAAACGACCUGGCGUUUGCUUAAUGGCAUUGGGUUUUGGGUUAGAACCGGUGCUAUGAUCAGAUGGCAUGAAAAUACAGUUCUCUGGCCAUGCACACCAGUGGUGCGUUUUGCUUCAAAUGAAAGAUGGCAUCUGCAGAAAAAUAUGGUGGUAGAUCUUUGAUGUGAUGGGGCUAUUUUGCUUCCACUGGGGGCCCUUGUUAAGGUCAACGGCAUCAUGAACUUGACCCAGUACCGGGACAUUUUUAGCCAUAAACCUGGUUGCCUCUGCCAGGAGGCUGAAACUUGGCCGCAAGUGGAUCUUCCAGAAAGACAAUAACACCAAGCACACAUAAAAAUGAACGAAGAAAUGGUUAAUUGACCACAACAUUUUACAUUUGACAAUAGCCAAGUCUCCAGACUUGAACCCCAUUUAAAACCUGUAGUUUGAAUUGAAGAGGGCAGUCGAAGGAUAUACAGGAUCUGAAGGGAUUCUAGAAUGGUCUAAAAUCCGCCUAGAUGGGGGGCCUCUUCAUUAUUUUCUAAAAUUCCGCCAUGCCGGGCUGACCGCACCCAUUGCCACGCCCCACCCUGCCACGCCCACCACCUAAGCCCCUUUUUGAACCAGGAAAAACCCUGCUAUUGAAAACGGGUGGCCCAAAAAAUGUUGCCUAUCUUUUUUUUUUAGAAAUAAAUAUAUUACUUCUUAAACAAAAUAUUUUUCUCUGAUCAAUUGUAUUAGUGUAAUUGUCCCUUGUUUGGAGCAUACAGCAGGAUUUGGAUGAUUUAUUAUGAUGAUUUGGAUGAUGAUGAUUAUUAUUAUUAUUUUUUGCUCAUCGUUAUCAAAGGUGCCAAUCAUUUUGGACCUGAGCAUGGAUGUCUCCUUUUCAGAAUGGGUGUCUCCUCUAGGUCGUCCUCUGCCCCCAGCGUCUCUGCGUCUUUUGGUUCCUCCACUGCGGCUGGUGUCUGCAGCUCUAUGGCAGGUGGUUCAGCGGAGAGACGUCGUGGACUACGGCUUGGUGGAGGAGUUUGUCACCACUGUGUUGGACAUAGUCCCAGAUCUGAUGAGUUACAGAGAGAAAGUCCAACUCAUCAUGGGUCUGAGAGCACAGGUGAGCGAUAUGGGGGGGGGGGGGGGGGGGGGGGGGGGGGCUGAUGGGUGGAGAGUGUGAAGGGAGGGAUGAGACUCAGGAGAACGUCUUGGUUCAACACCGGGGGGGUCACUUCAUUAGAUGCAUGUCGUUUGGUUAUAAUCUGGGUAAUUCUAUAUGACAUAAUUAGCCUGUCAACUAGGCUAUACAGCGUUGUAUUGCUAUAGAAAUUGGUAUAGUCCCAUGAAAAAGUAUUCUCCCACUUGCACAUUUGUCAUAUUUUCUGAAACAUGAUGCGUCUACCACCAUGAUUGAAAUUAGGAAUGGUUCCAUAGGAAACGGCUGAUCUCUGCUGCAGUCAAUAUGCUGUUUAUUUUUUGCUGGCCCAGCCACCAGUCUAAUUUGAUUGAAUUCGUAAAAAUCUUUUACUGUUACUCCAUUAGCUGGUUCUGGAGUUGUGUCGCUCAGAUCAACUAGCCGACCGUGACACCGUCCAGCCGCACCUGAACAGGAUGAAGACCUGUAUCAUCACUCAUGGGGACAACAAGGUGAGUGCCACUCGGGUGACAGAACUUGGAUCUGAUCUGUGGAGAACGGAAACCAAAUUUAGAACGGAUAAAUGGUUGGUUACGUGCGCUUGUGGAGCGUGUAAUUGGCUAACGCAUCCCAUUGGCCCGUCAAAAGUUCAACUCACCUGAACUUUUCGUCUGUGAAAAUGGGUGGAAAUUGAAUGGAUAAGGACGUGUCAUCUCCGCUGACCAUCACCAUAGGACUCCCAUUGAGAAAGCAUCGGAAAUCCCAGAUACGGAUAAAAUCACCGGGCCAGUUUGGCUGCGGCCUAACUCUGCUGGUGUUCUAUAUGGUGGUUAAUACCAAACCAUAGAGAGAGAACGAGGCCUUAUCUGGGCCAUGAUGCAGGUUGAGGUUUAUUGUCAUGGGUCUUGUCCUGGAGGCAGAGCUGAGUGAUUUCCCCUUAGAUAGGCCAGCUGCAAAGUCAAAAUUGAAAACAAAAAAUUUGCUUUUUGGGCAUAAUUGAAGGUUAGGUAUUAGGAGUGUGGUUAGAUUGUAUGACUUUAUGGCUGUUCCAGCCAGUGAGCUCUCCGCAGAGCUGCCUCCAGACCAAGAGGUUAAUGUUUACCGCUAUCUGCAGUGCUAGAGUCCUGAACUAGCUAUUGUGUCAUUCAUUUGUUGUGGUCAGCAGAUUGGCGUUGAGAAGGGCUGUGCUUUUACACCGGUCGGUUUUUCCUCUGUAUCUCUCUGCUUCAAACACCUGCACAGAGCCUCUGAGCGCCGCCCUCUGCUUUACAGCUGUUCGUUUUCAACAUAGAGGAAGAGGCUCAUUUUUGUAUUUGUUUAAAUGGUUGAGUCCUGAACUAAAUUGUGUGCGUGAAAGAGGCCACUAGAUGGCAGUGAUAAAAUGGCUUAAAGCCAUUAUCGAACCAUAGACAACCCAGUUUGAAGAAGACAAUGCUCUGAUCAUCGGCUGGUAGCGAUCAAUCCAUAGGAAUCCACACCCAGUUGGCUACUUAAAAAUGGUGGAAGCCUUCAAAUAGCAUUAUCCAGGUUAUAUCCAUCCAGAGCCCUCUUUGUCUCUAUGGUUUUUCAAAUCAAAACAGCAGUCUCAACCCCUCAGGUGGAAAAGUAUUGUGAUAACCAGUGAUGUAAUGGUCAAACAAAUAGGUGGGUCAAUGGUAAGGUAAUGCUCCCUUUACAUUCAAGGCAUUGUUCCACAAAAGUUGGGUGAAGGCUUGUGCAAAAUUAGAGAGGUGGGUCAACCUCGUUCACACGGCUCACGUCAUACUCCACAGUCUGAUAAAGACCUCGUUCACACGGCUCACGUCGUACUCCAUAGUCUGAUAAAGACCUCGUUCACACGGCUCACGUCGUACUCCAUAGUCUGAUAAAGACCUCGUUCACACGGCUCACGUCGUACUCCACAGUCUGAUAAAGACCUCGUUCACACGGCUCACGUCGUACUCCACAGUCUGAUAAAGAGGAAGGUUGCAGAAUUUAAAGGUUGGUGUUAAACAUUCUGAUUGGUUUCAUCCUUCCAACUAAAAGUCCCAGUACGACAUAUCACUUUACAUUUGGAUUUGGGGAUUUGAGUAAAAGUAAAGAUACCUUUUAAUAGAAAAUGACUCAAGUAAAAGUGAAAGUCACCCAGUAAAAUACUACUUGAGUAAAAGUAAAAGUAUUUGGUUUUAAAACUACUUAAGUAUCAAAAGUAAAUGUAAUUGCUCAAAUAUACUUAAGUAUAAAAAGUAAUAAUUCCUUAUAUUAAGCAAACCAGACGGCACCAUUACAUAUUUAUUUAUUGUUAGUUACGGAUAGCCAGGGGCACACUCCAACACUCAGGCAUAAUUUACAAACGUGUGUUUAGUGAGUCCGCCAGAUCAGAGGCAGUAGGGAUGACCAGGGAUGUUCUCUUGAUUAGUGCGUGAAUUCAACUAUUUUCCUGUCCCGCUAAGCAUUCAAAAUGUAACGAGUACUUUUGGGUGUCAGGGGAAAAUGUAUGGAGUAAAAAGUACAUUAUUUUCUUUAAGAAUGUAGUGAAGUAAAAGUAAAAGUUGUCAAAAAUAUAAAUAGUAAAGUACAGAUACCACAAAAAAACUACUUAAGUAGUACUUUAAAGUAUUUUUACUUAAGUACUUUACAUCACUGCAUGUUGGAAAAUGUUAAGAGGAGCACUACAGGAGAAGAGGAGCACUACAGGAGAAGAGGAGCACUACAGGAGAAGAGGAGCACUACAGGAGAAGAGGAGCACUACAGGAGUAAAGCCACUGUCCACAUUGUAUUACUUCGUUGGUUACAGCGAGCAAAGACGACUGUCACCAUCAAUCAUAGUUAACAAGUUUUAAUGUUCUUUCGCCAUUACCACACAUACACCACAGGUGUUGUAAAAGAGUGUCGUAAAACAUUAGUCAAAACCACAUCAAUACAUCUUCCUUUUUUUCACAGACGUGUAUAUACACAUUUCAUCAACAAGCAAUGUCCAUUCACAAAUACCAAUUCAAACAUCCUCACUACUGUCAGACUCCCAGUACCUGGUGUCAGAGAAACAUCCCCACUUGUUCUCCUUUCUUUGUCCUGUGUGUCCAGUGGCAGCAUGACUGUGUGUCCAGUGGCAGCAUGACUGUGUGUCCAGUGGCAGCAUGACUGUGUGUCCAGUGGCAGCAUGACUGUGUGUCCAGUGGCAGCAUGACUGUGUGUCCAGUGGCAGUAUGACUGUGUGUCCAGUGGCAGCAUGACUGUGUGUCCAGUGGCAGCAUGACUGUGUGUCCAGUGGCAGUAUGACUGUGUGUCCAGCAUGACUGUGUGUCCAGUGGCAGCAUGACUGUGUGUCCAGUGGCAGCAUGACUGUGUGUCCAGUGGCAGCAUGACUGUGUGUCCAGUGGCAGUAUGACUGUGUGUCCAGCAUGACUGUGUGUCCAGUGGCAGCAUGACUGUGUGUCCAGUGGCAGCAUGACUGUGUGUCCAGUGGCAGCAUGACUGUGUGUCCAGUGGCAGCAUGACUGUGUGUCCAGUGGCAGCAUGACUGUGUGUCCAGUGGCAGUAUGACUGUGUGUCCAGUGGGCAGCAUGACUGUGUGUCCAGUGGCAGCAUGACUGUGUGUCCAGUGGCAGUAUGACUGUGUGUCCAGCAUGACUGUGUGUCCAGUGGCAGCAUGACUGUGUGUCCAGUGGCAGCAUGACUGUGUGUCCAGUGGCAGCAUGACUGUGUGUCCAGUGGCAGUAUGACUGUGUGUCCAGCAUGACUGUGUGUCCAGUGGCAGCAUGACUGUGUGUCCAGUGGCAGUAUGACUGUGUGUCCAGUGGCAGCAUGACUGUGUGUCCAGUGGCAGCAUGACUGUGUGUCCAGUGGCAGCAUGACUGUGUGUCCAGUGGCAGCAUGACUGUGUGUCCAGUGGCAGCAUGACUGUGUGUCCAGUGGCAGCAUGACUGUGUGUCCAGCAUGACUGUGUGUCCAGUGGCAGCAUGACUGUGUGUCUAGUGGCAGUAUGACUGUGUGUCCAGUGGCAGUAUGACUGUGUGUCCAGUGGCAGCAUGACUGUGUGUCCAGUGGCAGCAUGACUGUGUGUCCAGUGGCAGUAUGACUGUGUGUCCAGUGGCAGCAUGACUGUGUCUCCAGUGGCAGUAUGACUGUGUGUCCAGUGGCAGUAUGACUGUGUGUCCAGUGGCAGUAUGACUGUGUGUCCAGUGGCAGUAUGACUGUGUGUCCAGUGGCAGUAUGACUGUGUGUCCAGUGGCAGUAUGACUGUGUGUCCAGUGGCAGCAUGACUGUGUGUCCAGUGGCAGCAUGACUGUGUGUCCCGUGGCAGUAUGACUGUGUGUGUCCAGUGGCAGUAUGACUGUGUGUCCAGUGGCAGCAUGACUGUGUGUCCAGUGGCAGCAUGACUGUGUGUCCAGUGGCAGUAUGACUGUGUGUCCAGUGGCAGUAUGACUGUGUGUCCAGUGGCAGCAUGACUGUGUGUCCAGUGGCAGCAUGACUGUGUGUCCAGUGGCAGCAUGACUGUGUGUCCAGUGGCAGCAUGACUGUGUGUCCAGUGGCAGCAUGACUGUGUGUCCAGUGACAGCAUGACUGUGUGUCCAGUGGCAGCAUGACUGUGUGUCCAGUGGCAGCAUGACUGUGUGUCCAGUGGCAGCAUGACUGUGUGUCCAGUGGCAGCAUGACUGUGUGUCCAGCAUGACUGUGUGUCCAGUGGCAGCAUGACUGUGUGUCUAGUGGCAGUAUGACUGUGUGUCCAGUGGCAGUAUGACUGUGUGUCCAGUGGCAGCAUGACUGUGUGUCCAGUGGCAGCAUGACUGUGUGUCCAGUGGCAGUAUGACUGUGUGUCCAGUGGCAGCAUGACUGUGUCUCCAGUGGCAGUAUGACUGUGUGUCCAGUGGCAGUAUGACUGUGUGUCCAGUGGCAGUAUGACUGUGUGUCCAGUGGCAGUAUGACUGUGUGUCCAGUGGCAGUAUGACUGUGUGUCCAGUGGCAGUAUGACUGUGUGUCCAGUGGCAGCAUGACUGUGUGUCCAGUGGCAGCAUGACUGUGUGUCCCGUGGCAGUAUGACUGUGUGUGUCCAGUGGCAGUAUGACUGUGUGUCCAGUGGCAGCAUGACUGUGUGUCCAGUGGCAGCAUGACUGUGUGUCCAGUGGCAGUAUGACUGUGUGUCCAGUGGCAGUAUGACUGUGUGUCCAGUGGCAGCAUGACUGUGUGUCCAGUGGCAGCAUGACUGUGUGUCCAGUGGCAGCAUGACUGUGUGUCCAGUGGCAGCAUGACUGUGUGUCCAGUGGCAGCAUGACUGUGUGUCCAGUGGCAGCAUGACUGUGUGUCCAGUGGCAGCAUGACUGUGUGUCCAGUGGCAGCAUGACUGUGUGUCCAGUGGCAGUAUGACUGUCCUGAGUGUCCUCAAACUUCUCCUGUGUCAAAAGGCUUUGUCUAUUGCGCCAAUACACAGCCCCAUCUUCUGUUCUGACUGUAUAUGACCGAGGCACAACCUCCAAGACAGUAACCUUUCUAUCCCAUGAAUCCAGACUCCGAAAUCUAACCACAUUCUUAGCUGCCAAUGGUGGCAACACUGUAGGAGUUUUAUCAUAGUAGAUUUUAGUUUUGCCUUCAACUGCAGGGCCCUGUCCUGCACAGCUGAUGGGCAGUCAUUCCUGCAGAGGCCAGGCCACAUUUCAAGGGCGCUGCUCUGUAAGACAAUACAGUCAAGUAUGGAUCAGUCCGACUGUGUGCUGCCUUGUUUAAGAGUCUCUUCACGAUUUGCACCUUUUUCAGCCUUUCUGUUACUUUUAGGAUAUAGAGGAUAUGUCUGAAGUCAUAAUGCUCUGCAAAAUCACUGCAAGCAAACUGGGGUGCAUUAUCAGAAACCGAAAAAGUAAAAAUAAUUUAAAGUACUACUUAAGUAUUUGUUUUUGGUAUCUGUACUUUACUAUUUAUAUUUUUGACAACUUUUACUUCACUACAUUGCUAAACGAUAUAUACAUAUUCCCUGACAUUUUUUAUGCUUAGCAGGACAGGAAAAUUGUCAAAUUCACGCACUUAUCAAGAGAACAUCCCUGGUCAUCCCUACUGCCUCUGAUCUGGACUCACUAAACACACAAGCUUAAUUUAUAAAUGAUGUCUGAGUGUUGGAGCGUGCUCCUGGCUAUCAGUAAAUUAAAUAAAAGCAAAGAAAUGGUGCAGUGUGGUUUGCUUAAUAUAAGAAAUGAGAAAUGCUUUAUACUUUAACUUUUGAUACUUAAGUAUAUUUUAGCAAUUACAUUUACUUUUGAUACUUAAGUAUAUUUAAAACCAAAUACUUUUAGACUUUUACUCAAGUAGUAUUUUCUGGGUGACUCACUUUUACUUGAGUCAUUUUCUAUUAAGGUAUCUUUACUUUUACUCAAGUAUGACAAUUUUGUACUAUCCUUACUUUCACUCAAGUAUGACAAUUUAGUACUAUCAUUACUUUCACUCAAGUAUGACAAUUUAGUACUAUCCUUACUUUCACUCAAGUAUGAGAAUGUAGUACUUUUUCCACCUCUGACUAUGGUUGCUCAAUGUCAGAAUGUAUAUUUUGCCAAUAAAGAUCAGGCUGUUCAGCUAAAAUAAAGACAUACCUUGAAAUGAACAAUGACAUUAAUCUGAAUUGGUAUUUGACCAUUUUUAUUUCUGUGAAAACGCUUGCUUCUGUAGAUCGCUUGCUAGCUAGCUAGCUAGCGUAUUCCAUUCCCAAACACCAUGCUAGAUCCGUGUGAGCGGGCCACUUAGUUUUGCAUUGCCCAGUGCACUUAGAUAGCCGGCUACCUUUUUUGUUUUGUAUCAUCUACUAGCAACAUAUGAUAACUCUUUUGGGCGCUAGUACCUACUGAACCUGAUUGACCUCCAUCACUGAAGCGGGCCACUGCCAUGUCGUAGUAACACAGUGGACUUGGAGCCUACAUUCACUGGGGGCACGGAACCGAUUUUUUUAAAUAUUUUUUUUAGCCUCAGCUUCAUGGUGAAUCAACUCUUCCGCUGUUGGUAGCCAUCGUAGUCAUUUGGGACCAAACGAAAACCGUCUGUCCGCCACAUCCUCACGAAGCGGUCCCACUUUCUUCUCGCAUUUCGGCCAAAACAUGCUACAGUUGCUGUAGUGCCUCCGGCAGGCCGUUCCCUACUUGAUGUCAAAGCUGCAAUGUAUCGUUGGUUUAGGAGUUUUUCAUAAACGUAAUUUUAAAAUUGUGAAAAUAUUGAAAUAUUAACUUUUGCAUAAAAUACCAUUUUAGGUGGAAUAUCAUCAAUCUACGUUGUUAGAUUUGUGGAAAUAUAUCGUGCAACCUGCCCUUUUAACCUCGCAAGCCGCCUGAUCUUGCUGCAAGCUCGUGAGAUCAGGCGGCUUGCGAGGCUGUGGUUAACCAGGCAAGGUUUUAUAUGCUGGUUUCGUUGAUUCGUUGUGUUAUCCAUACUUGCUGUAGAUUUCUGAUCCUGAGGUGGAGGCAUCAGAAUCAAACUUCCUGAAGCUGAUUCAAACGCUGCUGGAAGACCCCUUUGAGAGAGAACACUUCUUUCAGGUCAGUAGCUGAUGAUGAUGAUGAUGAUGAUGAACAAGGAGGAUGAUGAAGCCAAAGGAAUUGAAUGACAAGGCAGUAUUCAAUGUUUUAGAUUUAAAAGCACUGACAUUCUCGACUUGUUUGGUUGGUUGUUUUCUUAGAAAGUGUUUCCAGAGGAAUUUGGGCCGAAGUAUGACUCAGCACUGAAGACUCUGGUGUGGGAGUUCCUCUCCAGCCUGGAGAAGCUGCUUCCAACACCAACCCUUCAACAGGUACCACCGUGACCUCAGACUGAGGGUAACCUUUAUACGUCAGGGUUAUACCAAACAGGGUUAUACCAAACAGGGUUAUACCAAACAGGGUUAUACCAAACAGGGACUUUGCACAAAUGCAAAAAUGUCCAUUCAUUGGCUGAAUAGAUGCAUAAAUACAUAUUUUAAUCUAUACUAUUAUGUGUUUUAUACCAGUCAUGCAUAUUGUCAGCAUCCUGGAAAAACUAUAUUUUCAUAAUCUUAUUAAUGAAAGUUCAUUAGGUGUUUUGAAAUACUUUUUAUUUUUUGUCCAAGAGUCAUAAAGUGAGAAACAAGGUUUUUUCUAGGACAACAAGGUUGUGAUAUUUUAGAACUGGGAUCCAUUGUCGUGCCGUUCUCUUUCUAUCAGACUGCAUCGUGUUUCCUACCUGACCCCUCUGUCCUGAUGGAGUGUGUGCAGUCUGUGAGUCACCCUCAGUCUUUGAGGACCCUUCUCCAGUACCACACCAAGCCUUCUCCAGGACCACAUGUAGAGGCCAAUGGUAGGCGAAGUAGACUUUGAAAAUGAAGUGAAGUUAAUUUUAGAAUGUCAAUGGUUUUUAUGGUUGACUGACUUUUCCUCUUCUCCCCGACCUCAGCUCUGUCUGGAGACGACCACAUCCUCUCCUCGCCGCCUCCCUCUCCCCUAGAGACCGUGGAAUCAUCCACUGACCAAGCUGACCCAGAGAUCCAAUCAGAACCCGUACAGGGAUUCAUGACCAUUCAAAGGCCUGCAUCAUCUGACAUUGAGUCAGAAAUGACACCGUCGUUGGAAUACAGGGAGAGCGGACGGGGGAUGAAUUUAGACCGCUCUGCAAAUGUUGACAUUUUGCCUUUGAAUGAAGCGGUGGAGCCUGCUUUUGUAAACAAGGAAACUGCAGAGAGAAACGUUAAUGAUGGGACACUUGACAAAGAGUCAGCAGAAGAGUGGAAAAUGGAUGAAGCUUUUCUCCGCCUUCAUACUGACAGUGGGCUGAAAAUCCAAGGAAGAGUUUGCAGCCAACCGGAGGUGCAAGACAUUUCUAGUUUAUCUACUUCCGGUCGGCUCCGUCAGCCCAUAGUGCUGCUGCAGAGACUUGACGUGACUGAUAUGCUGUUACCAGAGGUCUCUUCAACACAGAGGAGAGAGAGGCUUCAGCUUGACAAAGUGGGAUCCCAAGGACCGAGAGGAGGACGGGUCAUAUCACAAAAGAGUGAGAGGAAUGUCAACGGAGAGCCCUCGGAUAGUAAGCCUCAGUGUUCUCUGGUCCCUGGCCCGUCACAUACGAAGGGUCAGCCUAAAAUAAGCAAGCGUGUCAAAAUAUGCUCCUUUUGUGGGAAAACUUUCAGGGAAGCAAAAGAUUUGACAGCACACAUGAGAACUCACACGGAGCAGAGCCCUCGCCUGAUUGGACAAGACUUUGACUUACAGGAUGGGGUGGCAGUUCAACCAGAAGAGGAUAACAUGUCCGCCGCAUCUUCGGAGGAUUGGACGGAGACGCCCCAAGACACUUUACCCCAGAGAAGACGCGUGAAAAGCCAACAUGGUAAACCAAGACAGUCUUCCAAAGUCAGCAAAUGCUCCCUGUGUGACCGGACCUUCAGUAAGGUGGCACACUCGAGACAGCACAUGAGAUACACUCAUGGUAAGCUCCUGUGCCUCAACUGUGGGGAAGGUUUUGAGAACUCAGAUUUUGAGAAACAUAAAGAAGAGUGCUUGAAGACAAAGAAACGUCUCUCUUGCCCUCUGUGCGGUGACACCUUUGAACUCUCUGAGCCAAACGAGGACGUGAACCAACAGAGACUUCCAAGAGAGGCUCACCCAGACGCAAGCACGCUUUUAGCAGCAGUAGAAAAUGUGGAGAUGGAGAUACCUCUUCCCUCAAACGCUACACCCCAGAACCCAACAACCUCCAAUGCUCUGCCAUUUCAGUUAGCUAAUAAUUACAGAACGUGCCUUUUGUGUAAGGAAGCGUUUGAUAAUGGAGACGACCUGAGAAUGCAUCUGAAAUGUCAACAUGAUGUACUUCCUUACCCGUGCUUUAAAUGUGGGGAGAGCUUCCAAAGCACAUUUGAUUGGCAGAAACACUUAAACGAGUGUUCGGGACAAAACAUUCCAGACUUCAGAAAGUGUCCGGGGUGCAGGACAAGGACUUGUCAAUAUACACAGCAGGGAAUGACAAGUCAGGAGGUGAACUUUAAACGACACCAGACGCACUGGCCACUACAUACAGAGGAAAAUGAGAUCCCACAGUCCGGCAGCACAGACGUUGACUUCUCAAAUGACUCUCAGCAACACCAGCCAAACCAAUCAGUCAAUCAAUCAAACUUAUUUGUAAAGGACUUUUCCAAUCAGCAAACUGCUCUUACAGUAAGCCGGCCUAGACCCCAAAGGGCAAAAGAGUGUGAUGAGAUUAACUUUCAGAGACGGCAAGACUUGAGUGAGGAAGUCAGUCCCCGCCAACACCUAAGGGAGGUUGAUCCAGCAGAUGGAAGCACAAGGGGUAAUGGGAUAGAGACUUUCCAGCCCCACAGUACUGAACCCCAGAACCCAACAACCUGCGACGCUUCCCCCACUCUGCCCCGCGGUGUGGAUUUAGAUUCUAGAACAUGUCACGUGUGCUCAAAGAGUUUCCGUAGGAAACAAUCCCUGACUUUGCAUCUGAGACGUCACGGUGAGGGGGCCAUUAAGUGUCCCAUAUGUUCAAAGUGCUUUGGUCGCAACAGGGAUUUAAAGUUUCACCUGGCCAACAAAACAGGCUGUGGGCCGAUGCGCCGUAAUCGUACCGUCGUAAUCGUUCCCACAAAAGACACGCCGGUCUUCACCUGCUCUGAUUGUCUGCAACAAUUCACGAGCGAAAAUAAACUGAAAUUACACACGGUAUGUCACACGGGAAAAGGGUUCUCCUGUAGUUUUUGUGGCAGAAUGUUUGCCGAACAUAAUUAUUUAGAAGUUCAUAUUCGUUCUCAUACUUACAGGCCUUAUCUAUGUGAUAUGUGUGGUAAGGAUUUCCCAUCUCAGUCUGUAUUGGAAUCACACCAACGGGUACACACAGAGGAGCGCCCAUUCUGUUGCACAGACUGUGGAAAACGUUUUAAAGAUAAGGGUACCCUGAAACAACAUCGAAUGAUUCACACAGGAGAGCGGCCGUUUGCCUGCGCUCUUUGUCAACUACGCUUCAGAACGAAUAGACAUCUAAAACGACACAUGAUGUUCCACACAGGGGAAAGGCCUUAUAAAUGUCCAGUUUGUGGGAAGGGCUACACGCAGAAAAGCGAUAUGAGGCAACAUCAGGCUUCGUGUUCCUAGUUGUCUUGGGGCUCAGAGUUAUAAGAUACGAGUUCUGCAGCUACUCUUAUCUGUCAGCAUUCGGACUAAUUCACUCUCUUAUGUUGUGUUCGUGACAUGUUGUAAAUUCGUAAAUACCAGCAUACGACUAGGAAAUGUCCACUUGAACGCCCCUCCAACUGCUAAUUACUAGUGGGAAACUCGUUUAUCAUCUCUGAGCUCCGACUUCUCCCAACUCUGAGGUCACUAAAAAGUAUUUAGUACGACAUGAAUGGCCUCCCGAGGGGCGCAGCGGUCUGAGGCUCUGCAUCGCAGUGCUUGAGGCGUCACUACAGAUCCGGGUUCGAUCCCGGGCUGUGUCGCAGCCGGCCGCGGUUGGGAGACCCAUGAGGCGAUGCAGAAUUGAACCCAGCGUCGUCCGGGUUAGGGGAGGGUUUGGCCGGCCGGGAUGUCCUUGUCCCAUCGCGCUCUAGCGACUCCUGUGGCGGGCCGGGCGCCUGCAAGCUGACCUCGGUCGCCAGUUGUACGGUGUUUCCUCCGACACAUUGGUGAAGCUGGCUUCCGGGUUAAGGCAGCAGUGUGUCAAGAAGCAGUGCGGCUUGGCAGGUUCGUGUUUCGGAGGAUGCGUGGCUCUCGACCGUCGCCUCUCCCGAGUCCGUACGGGAGUCGCAGCGAUGGGACAAGACUGUAACUAUCAAUUGGAUAUCACGAAAUUGGGGCGAAAAAGGGGUAAAAAGUACAUUAAUUGUUUGAUUUCUUUAUGAUGCACAAUUUGUCGAUGGUUGUCUUAUGAGAACAAUCCAUAACUUUGUGGGAGGAGAUAAAUAUCUGAAUAGAGCCCUAGUCAUUUUUAUUUGGGAUAUACAGUGCAUUCGGUAUUCAGACCCCUUCACUUAGUACUUUGUUGAAGCACCUUUGGCAGCAAUUAUAGCCUUGAGUCUUCUUGGGUAUGAUGCUACAAGCUUGGCACACUUGUAUUUGGGGAGUUUCUCCCUUCCUUCUCUGCAAAUCCUCUCAAGCUCUGUCAGGUUGGAUGGGGAGCGUCGCUGCACAGCUAUUUUCAGGUCUCUCCAGAGAUGUUAGAUCGGGUUCAAGUCCGGGCUCUGGCUGGGCCACUCAAGGACAUUCAGAGACUUGUCCCGAAGCCUCUCCUGCGUUGUCUUGACUGUGUGCUUAGGGUUGUUGUCCUGUUGGAAGGUGAACCUUCGCCCCAGUCUGAGGUCCUGAGCGCUCUGGAGCAGGAUUUCAUCAAGGAUCUCUCUGUACUUUGCUCCAUUCAUCUUUCCCUCGAUCCUGACUAGUCUCCCAGUCCCUGCCGCUGAAAAACAUCCCCACAGCAUGACGCUGCCACCACCGUGCUUCACCGUAGGGAUUGUGCCAGGUUUCCUCCAGACGUGACGCCUGGCAUUAAGGCCAAAGAGUUCAAUCUUGGUUUCAUCAGACCAGAUAAUCUUGUUUCUUAUGGUCUGAGAGUCCUUUAGGUGCCUUUUGGCAAACUCCAAGCGGGCUGUUAUGUGCCUUUUGCUGAGGAGUGGCUACAUUUGAUAACAUUACGGGUGGAGGGCUCUUAUCAACAGACUAAAGACAUAUAGUUUUUCUACAAAAUAAAAAAAAACGGAGUUAAUUUUGAAUUCUCCCUAUUGAAUUAAUGUAGAAAAUGUCAAAUAUUUUUGUGAGUUGAAAAAGGUUUAUUUUUAAUGUUACUCUAACUCCUCAGCUGUAA